CAGAGCUCAUAACCACCUCUUUGACCAUCAGUCACGCUGCACUAACGUUUGCUUCCAUCCACACUUCAUCACCAUCAUACCCUGUUUCUUUCGGUGGGAUAGCUUUACAUAGACAGGAACUAUCCACUUUUCUGUCAAUUUCCAAUCAGCCAUCAUGGUCGGUCACGGUAUGACGGGGAUGCUCGGCGAGGAUGGCAUCCAUGUUGAUAUGAACCACUUGAAGAGCGGAGAAGUCAACCUAGGAACAUCGAUCAUGGCGAUCAACUUCAAGGAUGGUGUUAUAUUGGGUGCAGACAGCCGGACGACAACCGGAGCUUACAUCGCCAACCGAGUCACCGACAAGUUGACGCAGGUCCAUGACACAAUCUGGUGCUGUCGAUCAGGUUCCGCCGCGGACACCCAGGCUGUGGCCGACAUCGUGUCCUACCACCUCAACAUGUACGCAAUCACCAACAACGAGGCGCCGAGUACUCAGGUCGCUGCAUCGCUGUUCCAAGAGCUAUGUUACGAGAACAAGGACAUGCUAAGUGCCGGUAUCAUCAUUGCCGGAUACGACCCGAAGCACGGAGGUCAGGUGUAUUCGAUACCCUUGGGCGGAUCUCUUCACAAGCAACCGUACUCUAUUGGCGGAUCCGGAUCGACCUAUAUCUAUGGUUACUGUGAUACUCACUGGAGGGAGAACAUGACAGAGGAGGAAGGCAUCAACUUCGUCCGCGGAGCACUGCAAGAAGCAAUCAAGUGGGAUGGCAGUUCGGGUGGUGUUAUCCGACUGGUGGUGCUGACGUCUCGGGGCGCCCAGCGACACCUCUACCUGCCGGACACGGGCUACACCGGACCGGGCGUUACCAAUUAACGAAUGUAUCUAUACGGGACGAUGAUUUAAUUGUUGUUAGCUGCUAAACGAGCUAUUCAUUUGUCUACAGAGUAGUGCUAUUGCCUCAGAUUAAGACAGGAGGAUUCCGAAUCUGAGACUGCUAGAUAUUGAUCAAGAUGGGGAGUAUCUUCUUCACCGAAUGGGAUAUUAGAUUAAGGGAGGGGAUG